AGUGAAACUAUUUUCGUUGCCGACUCCUCUCUUCAGGAUGGAGGCGGUGGCUCUUUUCUCUUUCGAAGCUUCGGAAGCAGACGAGAUCAGUUUCCAGAAAGGGGACAUUAUCAAGGUGACAGAAAUGGAGGAUGAUUCUAGCUGGGUCACAGCAGAGAUCAAGGGGAAGCGUGGCUACGUGCCAGAGAACUACAUUUCCCUUCUUCCUUAUCCGUGGUUUGUAGGACGGGUGUCAAGACUGGAGGCCGAAAAGCGUCUCCGCUGGCAGGACACCGGAGUGUUCCUGGUGAGGGAGAGUGAAUCAGCUCCUGGAGAGUUUUCUGUUUCUGUUAGCUAUGGUGAGAGGGUGGAGCAUUUCCGGGUGCUGGAGGGGGGCGGUCAGUACUGUAUCUGGGACGAGACGUUCUGCUCCCUGAACCGCCUGGUGGACUACUACAGAACUCACAGCAUCGCGGCGGAGAAACUGGUCUUUCUGAGAGACGCUGCUGCAUCCCCUCACCUGCUGCCCCAUCCUGGACGUAACCCCUACCCCAACCCUUAUAAAACCACCUCUCAGGAGUCCCUCCUCUCAGCUAACCUCUACUCUCACCCCCCUCACCAUGAAAGAGAGCCCUCCCAGCGUCUGCACGAACCAGUUGUGGGGAAACCCCGUCUGGCUCAUGCCCUCUGUGACUACACCCCCCCUCACACCGCCCAUCUCCACUUCCUGCGUGGUGACGUCAUCGACCUGCUAGACUGCUCGAGCUCUCUGGCCUGGAGGGGGCGCUGUCGAGGCCGAGUAGGAAUCUUCCCGCCAGAAUACGUUCGGCCGCUGUACCACUGACACCAUAUCAAACUGUCGCUGAGACUCCUCUGUCAGGCUGUAGUGACUUACCUUUCUUAUGCAACUAGUGAUUAAACAAUUAGUCCAAUAUGUAAUUAGUCCCAUAGCCACGGAAUGAAUUCACGCAAAUGUUCAGUAUUGAUUGACAGCCUUUUCUCAUUAGCAAGUUGUCAAAUACACCAGCUUGAUUAGUGGGCCUACACAGGGCCGUCCCUUCCUACAGGCCGAUCACGCAGACUGCGUGGGGCCUCACCUUGCGGAGGGAGCCUCAACUGAGCCGAAAAUGCGGCGCACCUAUACUGUAUGCGCUUAUGCGGCGCAAUUAGUGUGGCACGGCACGGUUUUCGAGGCUCCACUAGCCCACCGACGCUCGCGAAACAGAGGGCCUCAUCAUAUAUCUUUGCGUGGGGCCUCAUGUUGGCCAGGGACGACCUUGGGCCUACACUUCAAACUACAACUCUCUACAUGGCUGUAAUUAUGGUGGGAGAAAAGAAGGGAGUUAGAGAGGGGUCUGGGUGAAUGGAUAAGUCAUAAGAUUAGUGUGAUAAGUCAUAAGAUUGGUGUUCGUGUCCCAUAUGAAACCAGGAGUCUAUGUUGACUUGUUUGAGUUACAUUGCACAUGUUAAAUAGACACUGUAUGCGUAACAAGCUGAAACUGACACUUGCUAAACUGAUGCUAAGGGGGUAAGUUGACAGCUUUAGUUUGAAGUUUAGGACCACUGACCAAGCUGCAGUAUUUGGCAAGUUGGGAGUAAAAAUAUGUGGUGAUUGAAUAGUCUGAAAGUGUUUUUUCUCAGUCAGCUCUGGGGAAAGCAGUGUUUUCUCCAAGGUUGGUGAAGUUUUUCCAACUGCAAGCAUUUUACACCAAAGUCUGUUCAGAGGUCUUGGGAGACUCUGCUGCAUAAACCGUUUUCUAAAGCCUUUUGAAGCUCCACAGAGCUCUGCAAAAUCUUGUAAAAUUGCCUCAAGUGAGUUCACUGGAGUUUACUGCAUUAACUGGGGCUGACUUUUUUAUACUAUUGAUUGAAUACCUUUGGAUUUGGACAGUAUUUCUUACACAAAAGGCAAUUUACAGAUGUUACUUCAGUGGGUUUCAUAUUUUACUAAUAUCUGGCUAAUCAGUAAAUAAAAAAAACUAUUCAUAUUCAUAGAUAGGAAAUAUCAUUUUUGCGGCUCUAGAGUGAAACUUUACAACUCGUCCUCUGAGCCCCGAUCUCCUCCUUUCACCAAUAGCUUGUAUUAAAAUGAUUAUUUAAAAGUGAAAUGUAACUCUAUGUUUGCUUUGUUUACCGUCAUGUCUUUCCCUCUAACCUCCUUCAUAGUGAAUGUAAGUCAACUGUACAGUAGCCAAAU